AUGGCGGAGCCUCACUGCGUUUCAAAAACCCAUUGCUUCCCUGUUCUGGUGGGGGUGGGAGGACGGAUGCUCAGGAUACAUGGAGAGAAGAGAAAGGGUGGGAUGCAUGCGACCACCAAGAAAACCAGCAAACGCUUCUCUAGGCUGUCCCGCCUGAGUGUCUUAAGGCUGAGUGAGGUCCUCAUGGAGGAGGCGGCGGUGCAUCUUCUGUGGCUUGUUGGGGGUUCCCAGGGGCUGGCCGGGGCUGUGGUCCCCCCGCCUGGGAGGAUCACCCCGGUCUGGCGAACGCAGCAUCCCUGCAGCGGGCGGGAGCAGCCCAGCGCCGGCUCCCCGUGCUCAGCCGGGGCCGGGACGUGGGCAGAGGUGGGAGCUGGCAGCUGGGGAAUCAGCAUCAGCCCACGGGGCGACAGCCGCAGCCUGGCUCCUGCUCCGAGCAGCCAGCGCCACGUGAGACUGCCGGCCCGAGCCUCAACUACUGCCGGAGUGGGAGGAAGGAAGCCUUCUCCUGCGUGGCGUGGGAGGGUGGCGUUGUCUAACAAACAGGUUUACUUCUGGAGUUUGCCUAAUCUAAAGCGCAUGGUGUGCGGCAUCUGCCGAGGGCAGCACUGCCCUUCCCAGAAAAGGGUCCCCCCUCCUGGCACCCCCCGCACCCCCGUGGGUCCUGCAGCCUGGCUGGGGCUGGCCUUGGUGCGCGCACAGCUAACGAGGUUUCUGCGCCUGCUGCAUCCCUCGUCUCAGCAGCAAGGGACUUCAGGCACAGCACCAACGCUUGUGAGUGCUGUAAGUGAACAAUUUUAUGUUCUCAUUGCAGAAAUUGAAGCCAGAGAAGCCUGUGACUGGCUGAGAGCUGCCGGUUUUCCCCAGUAUGCUCAGCUAUUUGAAGAUAUGCAGUUUCCUAUUGAUGUAAAAACUGUAAGGAAAGAUCAUGAAUUUUUAGAUGGAGAUGCGAUUGAAUCACUAUUCAGACGGUUGAACACAUUGAACAAGUGUGCAUCAAUGAAAGUGGAAAUAAGCCGUCAGAGGAAACGGAGUGAUGACUCUGAAGAUGAUGAACCUUGUGCCAUAAGUAACAAAUGGGCUUAUGAGAGGUGCAGUCAGAGAUGGUCUCGUAUCGAGAGCCUAGAAGGUUUUCCAGGAGAGGAAGGUGCUAGUGCAUCAGUCCCAGGCAGUCCAAUGCUGAAGAGCAUCAUCAACGAGGAUGCUAUCUUUCUGGAUCAUGGCGAGAAACAUGAUGUGUCCUCAAUUCACAGUGCUAGCAGUGGUGACAGUGACAUUGUUAGCUUCCCAAAACCUUUUGAAGAUGUGGAAACCAGCACGAGUUCCUCAAGAUGUUCUUCAAUUAAGGUGGCUUCACUGGACUCUACAUUUAGUUGUUCUCCUCCCUGCGGUGAAUUUUUAAAUAUCACCAGUGAAGAGAAGCUUUUGGAUAAGUCACCAUAUAAAAAGAGGAAGAGCCUUUUAAAGAAAAUGGAGAAGUUGCACUUAAGGAGCUGCAACUUAAGGAGUGGUCAGUCAAAGGCCAAACCCAUAAUAAGUGAACCUGUUCUUCUAGAAGGACUUAAUGAAGAAAAGAUGAAGAUGCUGAACUGUGUAAAUAUUUCUGACCUCUCUAGCAUCCAAACAAAGAACAAUUCUUCCUUUUCUCCCCAGAGUUGCAAUAGCAGCAAUCAGUCUGAAAAUAGCAGCACAGUGAGCACUCCAAGUCCUGUUAUAAAACCACAAAGCCACUGUGAAGGAAGGGGGGUGUAUGCAGAGGACUUGGAUUCUAGCAAGCUCUUGCUGUGGGAUGAUCUAUCUCAGCAAAACCUAAAAAAUGACAUGACAUUACAAAUGAACCAGAUGUUUCAAAUACCACAAGGCCAUAAACCUGGCACUUUCCCCAAAGCACUUACAAACAGCUCCCUGUCUCCAGUAGACAACUCUUCCAUCAACUGGAGAACUGGGAGUUUUCAUGGGUGCAGGAGGAGCCAGAGCAGAAGCAGUUCCAAGGACUCCAAAGCCCCCAGGAAUCCCCUUUCAUGCACAGAUAACAGACUAAGUGUAUAUGACAACAUGCCCAGUAUUGAACUUGAUAAUUUGGAGGCAGCACAAGUUGGUGAUGAUGAUGUUUUUUCAGAACUGAACAACGUCAUAGAAGAUGUCAACGGUCUCAAAAAGUUGGUUGAUCAGUGGACAAAGAAGUUCUCUGAUGAUGGAGAUUUGGACUUUGCCAGUGACUUGACCUCUUUGUAUCCAUCCUCACCUAAGGAAAUCUGUCUUGAAACAGAGGGCUCAGAAGAUAAGAGAGCAGACCUCGCAACCACUGAGGGAGAGAGCAGCUGUGAACUGGGCAAGGAGAGGGACAAUGGAAAUACUCCUAAGCUUAAACGAUAUUUAUCCCAUAGGCAUGGGAAGCAACACUGGUCUGUGGAAGAGAGUGUGAACUUGGAAAGCCAUUCCAUCCAGACUGAUAGCCAGUCAGCUGCCCAGCUAGCCCGGACACAAAAGCUGGCUUUGUUGAAACUCACUGCUUUAAUGGACAGAUAUUCCCCUUCCAGUAAGCAGGGCUGGAACUGGACUAUACCAAAGUUCAUUAAAAAAAUAAAAGCCUCUGACUACAAGGACAAAAAUGUGUUUGGGGUUCCUUUACUUCUGAAUGUUCAGCGAACAAGCCACCCACUGCCUAAUGGCAUACUGCAAGCACUGGACUAUUUAAGAAGCCACUUUCUUGACCAGGUUGGCCUGUUCCGAAAAUCUGGUGUUAAAUCCAGGAUUCUGUCUUUAAGAGAAAUGAAUGAAACCAGCCCAAACAACGUAUGUUACGAAGGGCAGUCAGCAUUUGAUGUGGCAGAUAUGGUGAAGCAGUAUUUCCGAGACCUUCCCGAGCCUAUAUUUACUAGCAGGCUCUGUGAAUCGUUCCUCCACAUCUACCAAUACGUGCCAAAGGAUCAGCAGUUUCAGGCUGUCCAGGCUGCUAUUCUCCUUCUCCCAAAGGAAAACCGAGAAGCUCUGAAAAUCCUCCUGUUCUUUCUACGAGAUGUGGUUGCUUUUGUUGAGGAGAACCAGAUGACCCCAACCAACAUUGCUGUCUGUCUUGCACCUUCUUUGUUUCACCUCAACACCUUGAGAAGGGAUAGUUCCUCCUCCUCCAUGAGUCAGAGGAAGUGCAGCUUGGGGAAACCAGACCAGAGGGAGCUGAGUGAGAACCUGGCAGCAACGCAGGGCUUGGCCCAUAUGAUAAUGGAGUGCAACAGACUCUUCCAGGUAUGUCACUUGCUGUAGCAAAGCAAAAGCAUGGAGUGGCGUAAGGGGUGUUCCCACACUGGCCAAGGCCCUGAGCAGCCUGGUGUAGGUGGCCUGCUUUGA